AGUAGGCAAAACAAAUACUACUCGUAGUACUAACAAUACGAGUACACACAAGUUCUUGAGCGGCUAAGUGAGGUGACUAAGGCCAAGGCAGCAGUGCAGCACGUUCGUGUGCCGUGACCAAUUCCACCUUGUGUUAUAGAGAAAUGAAACCAAGAGUGAAUACUUGUGAGGAUAUUGAUAUCGAACCGAAGACAGGAGCACCAUUCUUCCAUAUUAUUCUUACUAAGACGCAUGUUUGUCCUCGCUAUCUAUUGGUAUGGUUUUUUUUUUUUUUUUUAUCACUUCAAUAUCAGACAAUACCGGCUGAAGGUGCUCGAAUCCUUCCUGACAUCGAAGUCCCGAAACAAUUUGUUGUUGACAACAAACUUAAGGUAGGAGAUAUUUGUACUUUCGAGCUCAUGUCGAAAUAUCCAAUGAGGUUAAAGGUUCAAGUUCUUCGAGGUGACUUUUCGGCUGCUCUACUCAAAAGCGGCGAAGAAGAAGAUAAAGAAUUGUGGAAGAAAGAACAAGUUGCAAUAGUAGUGGGCAAUCAAAUACUAUUGAAUGAUAAAUUGGUUACUCCAAUUGAAAAUGAUCUUUUCUUGCAAGUUAGUGACAUAUAUUGUGAUGGUUUAUGUGAAGAGCAAGUUGUAAUAUAA